AUGCAGUUGCCUCAGACACUUCUCUUCCUCGUCGCCCUAGUCGCGACCGUACACGUCCUCGCCCUCCCGGCACCUCUGGACUCUUUUGCCGAAGCAUCACGCGACCUGUUCAAGCGUAAGGGUGGUGGUGGAGGCGGAGGUCGCGGAGGUGGAGAAACAUCCGCCGGCGGCUCUGAAAGCGGUGGCAGCAGCAGCAGCAGCAGCAGCAGCAGCAGCAGUGGCAGCGGCUCUUCAUCCUCGAGCGGCAGAACAUCUGGCACAUCCACUCAGGGAGGCGCAACUGGCGCAGGCAGCGGUCCCGCUCGAACAUACGGAGGAGGCGCAUACUAUGGCGGUGGAGCAGCUCAGCCAUACCCAUCCGACGGCAGAAGGUCCCCAGGCGGCGUUGCACCAGCUUUCCUCGGAGGUGCCGCGCUAGCUUCUCUGGCCAUCUUCCCUGGUCUCUGGCUCUACGGUGUUUACGCUUACCAAUACCCUGGCAAUUACCAUUGGCGCAAUACCACCAGCAAUCGCAACGAAUCCGGUCCAGUCGAGUGCUUAUGCCAGCAGUACAGCGUCUGCGGAUGCGAUUCGAGGAACGACACCGACUACUUGACCAGCGUUGCAAACAACAAUACCAUCGCACGCCGUUUGGACAAUGGGACUCUGGUCAUCAACGGUACCCUGCCCAACGGCACCACGGCUCCAGGUGGCACGGACAGCGCUGCGCCAGGACUGAAGCAGAGCCUUCUGGAGAGUAGCGGCUUCUGGAUCGUGAUCGCCGGAGUGGUAUACACUGUGAACUUCGUCUAA